AUGAAUCCACUCAGAGGCAUAUGGGAGUGCGUGGGGACUCAGAGACCUGGGAAUACCAAUGACAAUGUAACGGCGCAGGCAAGACAAUGGGUCCGAAUGCGAGACCUGGGAAUACCAAUGACACCUAUAGGCCUUGUACGUAGGAUAUCAGAAAACUACCGAGCUAGCUACGGGGGCGAGUCAGGGUCGGAGCCGAUACGGAGACCCUUCGGAUAG